AUGCUGAAGCAGCUCGGCGCUGACCUCUCGGCCGUGGACUGGGAUGGGCGAAGGCCAGCACAUGAGGCUGCGAGCAACGGACGUGCGCAAGUGCUCUGCGUGCUAAAGGAGUGGGGCGCCGACCUCUCGGCCCCGAAUUGGUGGGGUGACACACCGGCACAUGAGGCGGCGCAACAUGGACAUGUGGAGGCACUGCACACGCUACGCCAGCUGGGGGUCGACCUUUCUGCCAAAGGUGAGGAGGGUCGAACGCCAGCACAUGAUGCAGCAAGCAAUGAACAUCUCGAGGUGCUCCGCGCUCUGCACGCACUUGGUGCUGACCUCUCGACCAAGGAUGAGUGUGGCAAAGCACCAGCGCAUUAUGCCGCGCGACAUGGACAAGCAGAGGUGCUCUGCGUGCUGAAGGAGUGUGGCGACGACCUCUCGGCCCCGGAUUGGCGGGGUGACACGCCAGCACAUGCAGCAGCGCAACAUGGACAGGUGGAGACGCUGCGCAUGCUCAGGAAGCUGGGAGCUGACCUUUCGGCCAAGAAUUUUCUGGGCGACACACCAGCACAGACUGCUGCGAUACGUGGACAAGAGGAGGCACUCCGCGUGUUGAAGGAGCUGGGCGCUGACCUCACACAGGCACAUGAAGAUGGUCGAACGCCAGCACAUGAGGCGGCACGACAUGGACAUGUGGAGGCACUGCGCAUGCUCAAGAAUCUGGGUGCCGACCUUUCGGCCAAGAACGACAAGGGCGACACGCCAGCACAGCUGGCAGCACUAUGUGGACAAGAGGAGGCACUGCGCACGUUGAAGGAGUUGGGUGCCGACCUCACGCAGGCACACGCAGCAGUACUGCAAGAAGAGAACGAGCGAGAUCCAGAAAUCUUCGGCCUUGAAAUUGACAUACGCUCGGCACUAGCAUUUGAAGCAGCUUUUCAAGGGGACGCGGAGGCGCUCCGCGUUUUGCACAGGCUGGGGGUCGACCUCUCUGCCUGUAAAUCCGAGGACGGUCGAAAGCUAGCACAUGUUGCAGCACGCAAUGGGCGCACAGAGGUGCUUCGGGCGCUGCACGCGCUGGGCCUCGACCUCUCCACCAGGGAUGGGCGUGGCAACACGCCAGCACAGUACGCAGCACGAGCCUCGCAAGAUGAGGUGCUGUUCACGCUGAGAAAACUGGGGGCUGCUGGAGACUUGUCGGGCCAGGCAGUCGGGGUGGCUCUGCUGAGUGGCCGGACUGCAUGGAUCCCUGUGGACGAUAGUGACUUCUGCAACUUCAAUCGUGUGAAGAUUCGUGCGGAGUGGCAGCUGGGAGUUCACAUUGAGAGGCUGGUAGCCCCCGAUGGGAGGUUCCUGGCCGAGUGGCAGACUCUUGCGGCUUCGGGCUUGCCAUGGAAAGAGCAAGAGGUGGUGCUGAUGGCCAGCGUCCAGGUGCCCCCUCAUCGGCACGAUGCAACGGAUGAGAGCGCUCAUGAGGCGGUAGCAGCCGGUGCCACGCCAGUGACACCAGAAGCAUUCUUUCAGGAGGAGAAAGACAGGAGCAAAGGCUCUCCAGCAGGGAACUGUGCCGAGCAUGCAAAGGUGACAAAGGUUCCGAGCUCCGCGGCCGGCUCUAGCAGCUCCAGGCAUCCGACUGUGGAAGGCUAUCCGGACCACUCCUCUGCAGGUCGGCUCGGCGUACCGCUCGCGAGCGUGACGACAGCACAUGCCCAGGAGCAACGCGGUUUACACGGCGCGAGGGUCCAGCACUCUCCUGGAGGCACCUUCCUGCUGGUGGAGCUGGGAUGCGACGCCAUCACAAUGCUCCAUGCUGGCGUGCUGAUGGUGAUGACCGCGAACGUGUUUGAGAGACACUGUCCAGAGCUCCAGGUCUUGACAAAUGCAGCGAUCCCUUUACCAGCGGAUGCAGUCAUGCUGGGCCCCAUCUUAGACCUCCGCCCACACAGCACUUACUUUGAUGAGCCUGUGCUACUCAUCUUUCCUGUCUGCAUCGGGGCAACAAAGGCCUGGCGCUCUUCGGACGAUGGAAGGUGGGAGCACCUGACCGACGCUGAAUUCAGGGCCGGGCACGCGAUCCUCCGCCUGGACCACUUCUGUCAAGUAGUUGUAGGGACCGAUGGACAGGCACAGGCGCCUAUCUUAAUUUCAUGCUACAUGAACGACAGCUUCCAUGCCAAGUGGGCCAUCACACAUGCUGGUUGCUCCAGGUGUGCGGAGGCGAUGCAAGCUGCUUUCCAGGAAGAGCUCGUACUCAAGAAUUACAGGUUGUGUGAGGAACCUCUAUGGGCAGGAGUUUAUGGCCACAUGGAAUCGCUAGACCUUGCGUGGCAAUGGCCUGAAGCGCCACCAGAGGGGCCAAAAGGCCCAAAACGGAUCCCAAAACAUCUGGAUCCAGAACCUGGGAGUGUGAACUUUGAGCGAUUUCCCCUCGUCUCGAAGAAGUGGAUGGCAUCGGGGCAUGCGGUGGAAUUGUUUAUUCAAGACCAUCGAGACGUUCGCCACUGCGAAUUCUGCUUGCCAGAUGUGCCACAGACAUUGCUAACAGCUUUAGAAGCUGGUGAAGUGUACAUCCGUGCCUCUUCAUGUCGAGUUGAGGUAUCUGCUGAGAGCAGCGAGGAUUCUGGAUCCCUUAGCAGCCCUGAGCCGCUUGUCCUCGAAGGCUGGAGCGGGGAUGCGCCGCGGUCGACAAGAGAGCUGAUGGAGAGCGCCGCUCCCAAGCACAAGGACAAGCGCCGCGCGUGCCGCGCGCGCACCUUCACCAUCCGUGCGUUCGUUCGGGACGCCAGCCGGUACAAGGUGCCAGCUGCGGAGCCCACGGAGUCGACAUCAGAUUCACAGGAGGCCGGGCCACGGCCGGCAUUCUUCAGCCUGCGCUUCGACAAGGGUCCGGUGGAACAGACGGCGAGGAACGUCUGCGGCAUGCUAAGGGAGCGCGGCUGCGAGGUGUACAUUGUGGAGGGCAGUCCGGAGGACUUUGGGAAGCUCGUGGACAGGUACCUUCUCAGAAUCUUGCAGAUGAAGGGGGUCUUCGUGGCCUUUUGCACAGAAGACUAUGGCCAGUGCACUGGCAACUCGUGGGCGACGUACAGAGAGCUUCGGUUUGCCCACGCCUACGACAACGACAUCGAGAUCAUGUCGCUGAAGAUGGCCGAGGUGUAUCCCCCACGACCCGAGCAUGAGGAUGCGCUAGCUCUCGUCACCAAGGUGCUGCACCCAGGCCUGACCUACACAGACUGCAUCGGUGUCUCUGAUGAGAAAGUUGCCGACAAAAUUGAGAAGAGGCUGCGAAGACCCCGAUAG